GUUCUUUCAGGACGCGUCAACAAUAAAUUCAAACAGCUGUUCAUUAAUUUCCACUUUUUCGGCUUCACCCCCAAACGCAGCUUCCGAAAUGGUGGCUUCGGCAGUAUUAGGAGCUGCUGCGGGAACCGGCAUGGCCCUUUUUGUCGCGAUGACAAUUGUUGUUUAUCGCUAUUACAGUCAUMGGAGAAAACUCAAGGAAUGGAAUUCGUUGGAUCGAAUGCCMUUUCCCAACACUCCUACAAGGAUUAUCAACAAGCCAAUCUAUGCUGUCGCACAAACGGAAUUCAACGUAGCGAAAGAGCAACACAUUAUCCAGCCUCCCCAAAACACCUCAGCUCAAGCAUUAACAGCUGAAUUAAUGAAAAUGCCGCUGGAAUUAUGUUCCACUCCCCAAGGUUCGCAUUCGUUGCAACACCAAUCGAAAUCGUAUCCGGGAGGACAGCCUCUUUUGUGCAGAACACCGAGCGUUUCAUCACAAAGUAGCUUAGACAGCAGUGCAUCGAGACAGGGUCACAGGGGCUCAUCCCCCCAAAUCCGCACCUUCGCUCCGGACGGUAAAACGCCCGUCCACCAGGAAGCCAUCCACACCUCCAGCUACCCCUUGCGCAACUCCAGCCGGUCUCCUUCGCCACUCCGGGCGGCCUCUCUCGACAUUCGCUGUUCGUCUCCUGGAACAUCGACCGUCAGCGGCGAGGAAAUUCGCACACCUUCGCCGUCGCAAUCUAGCUUGGCUUCGCUCACCGGAGGAUCGGUCAGUUCGUGCAACUCGCCGAUUCCGGCGUCGCCGAGGACCGUCGGCCUAGGAAGGUGUCUUUCACCUCUUUUGAUUCCGUCAACGAGAGCACACACGCCGGAAGUGAAUAUUGCGGCGCCCCCGGCGAGUCCGCUGGGGGCCAUUCAGCCGGAUUUGUACUUGCGGAAGGAUGGACCACUGUUUAUAGGAAGCAGUGCCAAAGCGGGGCCGAGUUUAGGAAGAUUGCAUUUUCGGCUCAAGUAUGAUUUUGAUAGGAGUGACCUGGUGGUGCAUCUAAUAGAAGCCCACGAUUUGGCCGGUAGCGACCAAGGAGGCUUCAACGACCCUUACGUGAGACUAGCACUUUCGCCGGAAGUUGAUUCGCGUAAACGUCAAACGACAAUCCGUCGCAACGAUCCAAAUCCGUUUUUUGACCAACACUUCAAAUUUCCAAUAUCGCAUGAAGAUCUCCAAUCGAAAACGCUCAUCCUACAAGUGUUUGAUUACGACCGAUUUUCACGAAACGAUGUCAUCGGCGAAGUUAGAAUGAGUAUGGACGAAUUCGACGUUACAUCGAGCAUAGAAGUAUGGGGUGAAAUAACGAAAAAUAAAAAACCACCAGAAGAAUUACAAGAAGUGCUUGUCUCACUCAGUUAUUUGCCUUCGGCUGAAAGACUGACGGUGGUUUUACUGAAAGCGAGGAAUUUGUUCCUGCCACAAGAAAAAGAUACCAUAGAUCCAUUCGUUAAAGUGUAUCUUCUCGUUAACGGUAAACGAAUGAAAAAGAAGAAAACAGCCGCAAGAAAGGGCACUACAAAUCCAGUAUGGAACGAAGCGUUAACAUUUAGUUUGUCGGCUUCUAACGUGGCUAAUGCUGCAAUUGAGAUUUGUAUAAUGGAUCAGGCCAACGAUUUGAUCGGCAGCAACCCCRUAAUAGGCUGUUGCAUAAUCGGCCCUAAAGAAGCAGGUCCAGAAAGGGACCAUUGGUUAGAUAUGACACAAAGUCCAAGAAAAGCUAUCGCAUGCUGGCACACCAUGAGGUAAAUCAAAAUAUGCUCAGUUAACGACGUUGAGAAUUAAAAAGACAAAAAUGGAUAGGAAGAAAGAAAGAUGAGUCUACAUGUCCAUAAUUUAAUGUUAUUCUAUGUUAAACGUGAUCAUAUAAUUAAGUGUGUAACAAUUAAGUUAAAUAUUAUUAUUUUAAGAGCUUUUUUAGAGUCACCAAACUCAUUAAUUUAUUAUAAAAGAGUUAAUUGAGAUGAUUUUAAAUGGAAUGGCCUCGUCAUUACAAUAAAAAACGGUAACUAAAUUAUACAAUGAAAACUUAUGAAUUACAUGUGUCCUUUUGAAUGUUUUUACAAGACAAUCAUUUUAUUUACCAACUCAAUUUUUUAACUGUCAUAUUUAAGGAUUACAAGGGAGAGCUGUCUAAAAGGAUAUUUAUAUUUGAUAUUGUUAUUCUUUGAACACUAACUCUAGUAAAACGCUGCACUUUGUAAUUUAAAAAAUGUAAACUUAAACAACCAGAAAAAAACGCUUAAAUUGACAUCAGGGAUGUUAAAMUUACAUAUUAUAAAAGUCUUAUGACGUCCCUCUCAUACUUAUGAUAAAUGUUGCUAUCCUUAUAAAUAUUUACACUUAAAUUAUAUCAAAUGAAAAAUAUCAUAAUCUAUUUACAUCAUUGUAUAUCGAACUGUUUUUAAAUAAGAAAAUUUAUUAAAAAAUCAAAACUGUAUCUAUAAAAUGUAUAUCAAUUAUUAUACAGGUGCGCCAGAACUCGCGCCCCAGAGAAAAAUGCCAUAUAAGGUAAGAUACUAGGAACAUGGAAAAAUUAUCUAUAAAAAUUUCGU